AUGUUCAAGAAGAAGCCCAACAUCAAACCGCUUAGUCCGCUCAAGUCGUCAGAGCGCCGCAGAACAGCCGAUCAAAUCAUAGCUGAUUUCCAAAUUCCGACCCCCGUCGACCCGAACGCAGAUCCAGAGGAUAAGGCCGCCUCUACCGCUGGCCUCACUGCUUUGAGGAAGUCGCUGCUGCCCGAGAACGCGCUCUCUGCACGCUUCACAACGACCGCUGGGCCCGACCUGAAGCAAGUCUCGGGCACGGUAUAUGUUGGUAGUCAUGAAGGGACCGGAGAUGAGCAGAGGAUACUGUGGGCCAAGGUUGGCGAAAAGAUGUACCCUACCGUUUACACGCUCUGGCACAACCCCGGUAUUAUACCGCUGCUCUACACUCCCUCUUUUGUCGUCGAGAAACUGCAGGGCGGUGCAGAUCUCAUGACCCCGGGACUACAACGCGGCCCGCCUUUCCCGAAGAAGGCCACCAAGGGCGCAGUAGUCGCGAUCGCGAGUUUGGAGAGCCCCACAGUACCCAUGGCAGUCGGCACCUGCGAGAUCGAUGUUAGCUCUCUAGGCAGUGUACAGGGUAUGAAAGGUCAUGCUGUUUCGACAUUCCAUUGGGCUGGUGACGAGCUGUGGUCAUGGAACCCGGCUGGUAAGCCGGGCUCCGAACCGCCAGCUUCCUUGCAGGGAUGGGAUGAUGAGAACGAGGAUACAGCAUUAGCAGCGCAGACUGCCGGCAUGGAUCUUCAAGAUGAUCAGGAAGGCGGCAUUGCACUAAGUGCGGGCCCUGCCGAGCGAUCAGAGGCCGAAAAGUCACAGGGACUUGAAGAGAUCGAUGACGCCUUCCGAGAUGCAUUUCUCUUCGGCGUGCGCUACCAUAAAGACCAUAAUCGGAACCACCCCACUUUCGGCCUGGAAUUUCCGCUGUCACAAUCCAAGGUCAUGUCACUCCUGGUUCAACCAUUUCUACCGACGUAUACACCAGCAAGAACCGCCUCUUUACAGAUAAAGAAGACGAGCUGGAAGAACAUCCGGAAGUUCAUAAAGUAUUUGGACAAGCAGCAGAUUAUCAAAUCUAAAGAACAGAACGGCAAUGAAACAGUAGUAAUGGACAUCGACUUCAACGAUAGACAUGUGGAAGCUUUCGUGCCGUAUCGGUUGCCGAAAAAAGACGCGCCGACACCGUCAAGUACGAACGGCAAGCCCGCUGCGCCCUCGUCCGCCGAAUCGUCCGUGGGACAGAAGCUCAAACUGGUUUUCUUGCUUCGUCCGAAAGAGAAGCUUGCGCCGAUAUUCCACGUCUCCAAGGCUGAUCCCCGUGGCUUAUACACGCCUGCAGAGCUAAAGCAGGUCUUGAUAGCCUACAUAGAGGCAGAAAAUCUAGUCUCGGAGAAGAACAAGCGGCUCAUCAAGAUUAAUCCCCAGCUUGCGGACUCGUUGCUCGGCUCUUCCGCAGCAGAUAACGCAGCACUCGCGUCAGCCGGUGCGCCACCGAAGAUUCAAAUCUUGUUAGAGACCCGCAGCGGAAACAAAACGGUGACCAAAGUGAGCGGUGUCGAACCGUACCACAUUGCACCGCAACCGCUUGCAGAUGAAUUACGAAAGACCUGCGCCGGUAGUACGAGUGUAGACCGACUCCAGGGCAGCAGCCCGAAGAACCCGGUAAUGGAGGUCAUGGUACAAGGUCCUCAGAAAGACGCCAUCAUCAAAGCACUGGAGAAACGGGGAGUUAACAAAAAUUGGAUAGAAAUAGUAGACAAGACAAAGAAGAAGCGAUAG